CCCUGCCAUUGAGCAGUUUGGGAUUUGAUCUUGUAAUUUUUGGGUCUAAUUUGUCAUUGUAGUUUUAUCUCUAAGUUGGAAUCAUCAGUUGCUCUAAGGAAGUCAAUGUUGACAUAUUAUACUAUCUCCAUAAUUGGCUAGAUUGAAAGCGACUUUAGAAUAAUUUCUAUCAGUGCUCUGCUGUAAAGAGUGAGGCUUCCAAAAAUAGAAGCAAUGUAUGUAAAAGAACCACAACCUCACGAAUAGUAGUUUCCUAUAACAUAUAGAUAUAAGAAUAACUCCCUUUUGAAUGAUGUGUAACAUGAGGAAAGGCAUCAAAAAAUUUAGCCAUUGUUAAUAAUGCUGAGCAUGCAAGUAACAAAGCAAAUAUUUAAAACCCACUCCCUUGGGCUUGGAAGGAGGUGGUCACCUGCAGAAAAAGCAGCAGAAUCACAGUCACGUGGUGGAAGGAUUUGGAUGUUGGGGAUGCAUCCUGGUGGUCAGUCUCGCGACACAGUCUGGCACGCACGCACGCACACACGCACGCACGCACGCACGCACGCACGUGAGCCCUGGCCCGCCUGUUGCUGACCUCCUGACCUCGAGGAGGCAGGGCAAGGACGUGGGCGUCACAUGACCCAACGUGACUGUCUUAACUAACGGCCGCCAAGGAGCUGCCUGCUAACAACGUCCGCUCUGCGGGAACCAUGGACAGUGCCACCGUGGCCGACGGGGCCGCGGGCCCCAAGCCUGACGCGGACACCGUGCAGGUGCUGCGGGACCUGGCCAACCGCCUGCGGAUCCACUCCAUCCGGGCCACGUGCGCCUCCAGCUCCGGCCACCCGACGUCGUGCUGCAGCGCCGCCGAGAUCAUGGCGGUGCUCUUCUUCCACACGAUGCGCUACAAGCAGGCGGAGCCCGAGCACCCGGACAACGACCGCUUCGUCCUCUCCAAGGGCCACGCGGCGCCCAUCCUCUACGCGGCCUGGGCCGAGGUGGGCGACCUCAGCGAGGCCGACCUGCUGAGCCUGCGCCAGAUCCACAGCGACCUGGAGGGCCACCCGACGCCCCGGCUGGCCUUCGUGGACGUGGCGACCGGGUCGCUGGGCCAGGGGCUGGGCGCCGCGUGCGGCAUGGCGUACACGGGCAAGUACUUCGACCAGGCCAGCUACCGCGUCUUCUGCCUGCUGGGCGACGGCGAGUCCUCCGAGGGCUCCAUCUGGGAGGCGCUGGCCUUCGCCUCCCACUACAGCCUGGACAACCUGGUGGCGGUCUUCGACGUGAACCGCCUGGGCCAGAGCGGGCCCACGCCGCUGGAGCACUGCACCGACACCUACCAGAAGCGCUGCGAGGCCUUCGGCUGGACCACCUACCUGGUGGACGGCCACGACGUGGAGGCCCUGUGCCACGCCUUCUGGCAGGCGGCGAGGGUCAAAAACAAGCCCACGGCCAUCGUGUCCAAGACCUUCAAGGGCCGGGGCAUCCCGAACGUGGAAGACGCCGAGAACUGGCACGGGAAGCCCAUGCCCAAAGAGAGGGCGGAUGCCAUCAUCAAGCUGAUCGAGAGUCAGAUACGGACCAACAAGAACCUCGCCCCGAAACCCCCCGUGGAGGACUCGCCCCAGAUCAGCAUCAAGAACAUAAAAAUGACCUCGCUGCCCGAUUACAAGCUCGGCGACAAGGUGGCCACGGAUCAAGCCUACGGCCUGGCUCUGGCCAAGCUGGGCCACGCCCAUAAGAGGGUCAUUGUCCUGGACGGCGACCCGAAGAACGCCACCUUCUCCGAGGUGUUCAAGAAGGAGCACCCCGAGCGUUUCAUCGAGUGCUUCAUGGCGGAGCAGAACAUGGUCAGCGUGGCCCUGGGCUGCGCCACGCGCGACCGCACCGUUGCUUUUGUCAGCACCUUCGCCGCCUAUCUGACCCGGGCCUUUGAUCAUAUCCGCAUGGGAGCCAUAUCCCAAACCAAUAUCAAUCUGAUCGGCUCCUACUGCGGGCUAUCCAUUGGUGAAGACGGGCCCUCCCAGAUGGCCCUGGAGGACCUGGCCAUGUUCCGAAGCAUCCCCAACUGCACAGUCUUCUACCCGAGCGAUGCCGUCUCCACAGAGCAUGCUAUCUAUCUGGCUGCCAAUGCCAAAGGGAUGUGCUUCAUUCGGACUGGCCCACCAGAAAUUGCAGUCAUUUAUGCCCCAGAAGAACAUUUUGAGAUUGGACAGGCCAAGGUCAUCCGCCACAGUGACAAUGACAAAGUCACAGUCAUUGGAGCCGGAGUUACUCUGCAUGAAGCUUUGGCAGCUGCUGACCAUCUCUCUGAACAAGGCAUUUCCAUCCGUGUCAUUGACCCGUUUACCAUCAAACCCCUGGAUGCUGCCACCAUCAUCUCCAAUGCAAAAGCUACCAGCGGCCGGGUGAUCACAGUGGAAGAUCACUACCGGGAAGGUGGCAUUGGAGAAGCAGUGUGUGCAGCUGUCUCUGGGGAGCCCGACAUCCUGGUCCAUCAGCUGGCAGUGUCAGGAGUCCCUCGAAGUGGGAAACCUUGCGAAUUGCUGGAUAUGUUUGGAAUCAGUGCCAGACACAUCAUAGCAGCUGUGAAACACACUUUAAUGAAUUAAGAUAGCUGUGUUCUUUAAAAGUCAGUUUGUUGAGUUUGGUCUUAAAAUAGUUCAUCUUUAUUCUUGCGUUAGUGCUAGAUGUUAUCAAACCAUUGUUUAGAUUAUUGUACAGUUUUAAAAUGUUUAAUACCUUUCUUUAUUCCUAAUUCAGAAAUUCGAGUUAACUACCUUUCUGUUAAACCGUGACUAUGUACACAAAUGCUACUUGCAUUUUUGAAUAAUUGAAGAAGUAUAUAACUUCAUAACAGAACAGCUACGCCUAAUAUAAAAUUUUCUAAGAAGGCUAUAAAUAACUGUUGGGAAUCAAAAUAGAGUAAUAGUUUCUUAAAUGUUUGUAAUUUCCUUGUAAGAAAACGUGAAUUUGAG